AUGACUAAGUCCAGCUGUGGAAGUAUGUGUCCGCGUGCCAAUUGUCAGCUCAGUUUGCUGUUUUUAACGAGUGCCUUAGUGUACGUGAUUCUUUAUUAUCCCUUCGUCAUGAAGACAAACUCUAUCGCAAAAAUGAAUAAAGGCACCAUCAACAACAUUAAAAAUUGGUGGAAACAGACGGAGGGCUGGAAACAGUUGAAUUUGAGUAGCCGCUCUGAACGUGAUGUUGCCAAUACUGACGGUGACCUUGAAAAGACGGAAGUUUUGACAUCGAGGAGGAACUUUGACCUCGAUAGAAGGGUGACUAAAGGGUCAAUGUUACAUUUUCAAUCAUUUAAGAACAUCUCCAAACAUCGGGGUGUUGAAAAUAAAUCGGAAUUACUUCUGACUUUGUUCACGUCGUGGCAUACAAAGCCGGAAAAGUACAUAUGUUACAACAAUACAAUUCGUAAUUGGAGUGAAUUCAAACCGUUUAUACAGACGAUCCUCUUCACGAAUGAGGUUUCACAGACAAAAGAGGCUUUGAGAAAAGGUUGGGACGUUCUUCCUGUUAAAAUAGCAGCAAAUGGAGUACCUAUUCUCAAAUAUAUGUACAUAGAUGCCAUCGAAAGGUACGAUUCUCCAUACUAUGCUUACUCUAACGGUGACAUAUUGUACUCUUAUUCACUGAUAGACACAUUGAGGGCUGUGAUGAAUUCCUCUCUACUACCUAGCGACAGGCUAAUCAUGGUAACUGGUAGAAGAACAAAUGUAAAGAAUGUAAUGUCAGAUGAAGUCAGAACGGUAAGAGAUAUAGAGAAGACAGCCCAUAGGCGUGGGAAGCUAUUUGCUGUACAUGCCGAAGAUUACUUCAUAACUUCGGCAAGUUACCCAUGGGUGAAUAUACCGGAAGUCAUCAUUGGCCGGACAGCUUAUGAUAACUGGUUGGUAUUGAAUGCAAGGCAACAAAACCACGUUACCAUAGACGCCACUAAUACGUUAGUGGCCCUCCAUCAAUCCACACAGGCGGGUGACUAUGAAGGAAAAAAGGCAAAUCAUUCUGCGUACAAUUCUAAUCUCUUACGUCAAAUGUACAAACAUAUACGGUACGUUGCUGGUUUCACGUCUUGUGCAGGAUAUUACACACUCUAUCAUGGCAACCAUCAGAUACAACUUAUGAAAAGAAAAGAACUUCCAAAGUGGUGUUACCCUGUGUGGUAA